AUGGCCAUCACUACUCCUCAGGAGCCGACCCCCGAGCAGUUCCAGGAACUUAAGAAUAAGUACACUGCCGCAAACCAGGGACAUGUUUUCAACUUUUGGGACUCUCUGUCCAGCGAAGAGAAGGCGUCCCUCUACCAACAACUCACCCUCUUCGACCCCGAGUACAUCAACACCAUCGCCGCUAAGGCCCUUGCUCCACCCAAGGCAGACGCUGUUCCGCCAUCACUCGAGCCCCUCCCGGAUUCGGCCCGCGCUAGCAUCUUAGAUUCCAAGAAAGAUGAAAUCGACCGCUGGUAUUCGGCCGGUCUCGACCUGAUCGCCGCCAACAAGGUCGCCGUCGUGCUCAUGGCCGGUGGCCAGGGCACCCGGUUGGGCAGCUCAGCGCCCAAGGGUUGCUUCGAUAUCGGUCUGCCCUCGAAAAAGUCCCUCUUCCAAAUCCAGGCCGAGCGUAUUCGAAAGGUUGAGGAGCUGGCUGCCAAAAAGGCCGGCGCCAACGUCACCGUUCCGUGGUACGUGAUGACGUCCGGCCCGACUCGUGGGCCCACGGAGACUUUCUUCAAGGAGCACCACUACUUCGGGCUGAAACCCGAAAACGUCUUCAUCUUUGAGCAGGGCGUUCUGCCUUGCAUUUCCAACGAUGGCAAAAUCCUGCUCGAGAGCAAGAGCAAGGUGGCUGUUGCCCCUGACGGCAACGGCGGCAUCUACCUGGCUCUGGUCCAGUCUGGCGUGCUUGCGGAUAUGAAGAAGCGCGGUAUCGAGCAUGUCCAUGCCUACUGCGUCGACAACUGCCUGGUUAAGGUUGCCGACCCUGUCUUUAUUGGUUUCUCCGCGGAAGCCAACGUCGAUAUUGCUACCAAGGUCGUGCGCAAGCGCAAUGCCGCCGAGAGCGUUGGCCUGAUCGUGAGCAAGAACGGAAAGCCCGACGUUGUUGAGUACAGCGAGAUUGACCCCGCUAUUGCGGCCGAGGAGGAGCCCAACCAGCCGGGAGUCCUCAAGUUCCGUGCCGCCAACAUUGUCAACCACUACUACUCCAUCCGCUUCCUCGAGACCAUCCCCCAGUGGGCUAAGACCCUCCCUCAUCACAUUGCCCGCAAGAAGAUCCCCUAUGCUGAUGCUGAGACUGGAGAGACUAUCAAGCCGAACAAGCCCAACGGUAUCAAGCUGGAGCAGUUUGUGUUUGACGUGUUCCCCAUGUUGGAUAUGUCCAAGUUUGCCUGCCUGGAGGUCCGCCGCGAGGACGAGUUCAGCCCUCUGAAGAAUGCUCGCGGUACCGGUGAGGAUGACCCCGAUACCAGCAGGCGGGAUAUCAUGGCCCAAGGAAGGCGCUGGAUUGAGGCUGCUGGUGCCAAGGUUGAGGGUAAUGAGGGCGUCGAAGUGAGCCCACUGUUGAGCUAUGGUGGUGAGGGUCUGGAGCAAUUUGCAGGAAAGACAAUUCCUGCCGAUAGCCAGCUGGAUGCUUAA